AUGGAGAAGAGAAGUGUACACGACGUCUGGCUGAGGAAGGGGUUCCAUCGGAGUUGGGCAUCGUUGGAAAGCGGUAGACGGCGACGCGAGUUCGGACGACAACAACAAAGAAAACGGAGGAUCCAGCACAUACAGAGGCUCAUUAGUCUUAAGAAUAUGGCUAGCAGUUCAAAUUCAGAUAUUUACCACACUGUAGAUGAUUUCUACUUCUCAGCUCUCCAUGACAACGAUGAAAUCUUUCCCAUUUCCGAUGAGAAAUACGCCGAGGAACUUCAACUUCAAGAGGCUCUUGUAUCUUCAACAUCUCUAACAACUCCAUCAUCAUCAUCAUUCCCUUCCACUUCUACACCUCUACCUGCAUUGAAGAGGAAGCAGACACUUCUACCAUCCGAAGCAGCUCAAUCGUCAGAGAGCUUCUGCGGUAUUUGCAUGGACUCCAAGAGUUCAUCUGAAAUUUUUACAAACGCAACAGUUUGUGUUCAUCUGUUCUGUUCAGAUUGCAUACGUGGACACGUAUCUGCGAAAAUCAAAGAGAACAUUGUUUUGGUUAAGUGUCCAAAACCCAAAUGCAAAGGGCUAAUAGGACCCGAAAUUUGUCGAUCCAUUGUCCCAAAAGAAGUGCUUGAAAGAUGGGAAGACGCUUUGUGCGAGUCAUUGAUUCUGGGAUCUCACAAAUUUUACUGCCCAUUCAAGAUUGUUCGGCCAUGUUGGUGGAUGAUGGCGGAGAAGCUGUGA